AAAACGCUCAUGUAGAUGGGAACGUCUACUGGUUCUGACGUGGAAACUGAUUACUGAAGUACAAAUUCUCCCUUUGAGACAACACUGAUAAUUCUUGCAGUCACGCUGUAGAGCCUCUUGUUGAUCUUUUUUGUUGUUCUGGUUUAAAUCGGGUGUUUCGCUGCUGAAUCUUCCGGUAAUACUCUCGUGAUUGUGACCGCUCUACAGACCUGAGCUGAUCCGGUGGUAUCAUGAAGCUCUACAGCCUCAGCGUCCACUAUAAAGGGUCGACCAAAGCCAAUCUCCUGAAAGCGGCCUAUGACCUGUCAUCCUUCAGCUUCUUCCAGCGCUCCAGUGUUCAAGAGUUCAUGACCUUCACCAGUGCACUGAUUGUUGAACGAACAUCUCAAGGAACCCGUGCCUCCGUCAAAGAACAAGAGUACCUGUGCCAUGUGUACGUGAGAAACGACAACUUGGGUGGUGUGGUGAUCGCAGACACUGAAUAUCCACAGAGGGUCUGCUUCACGCUGCUUGAAAAGGUAUUAGAUGAGUUCUCCAGGCAAGUGGACAGUGUAGACUGGCCAUCCGGGAGUCCUGACACCGUCCACUACAAAGCUCUGGACAUUCACCUUUCUAAGUACCAGAAUCCCAGAGAAGCUGAUGCAAUGACCAAAGUGCAGGCAGAGCUGGAUGAGACCAAGAUCAUUUUGCACAACACCAUGGAGAGUCUGUUGGAAAGAGGAGAGAAACUGGAUGACCUGGUUGCGAAGUCAGAGCACCUGGGAAAUCAGUCCAAAGCCUUCUACAAGACCGCACGCAAACAGAACUCGUGCUGUGAAAUCAUGUGAUGCUGCUGCCUCGUCCUCGUGGGGACAACUCUCUGCCUUUCUGCUUUUCCUACAACCCCCAUCAUGCACCGGCUCUCCACCGGGACGGAGCGCCGGGAUGAGAGCAGAACGGGGUGGCCAGUUUCAGCGGGGUGACUGAUGGGGGCUGCAGGAGUGAUGGGGUUUGGUCGGGGGAAGGAGUGAACAUCUGUGUGCUGUUUCUUACCAACUGAGGACAUUAUAGCGUGACGUUAUGUGCUGGUGAUGUCAUCGACACCUUUUAAACCCCUUUGAUGUUAUUCAGAUCGAAUCAAAAGCUAAUCGCUUGAUCUCUUAAAACACUGAGCGAGUAUUAACCACACUUGUGCUUUCUGCUUCAUGAUAACUGACAAUCUGGUGACGUCGCCGUUGAACUUUUGGAAACUGGUUUUCUCCUUACCCCGUUUGCCCACUAGGGGGCUCUGUUUAUUUACAUCACCGCUCUAAUGAAGCCUCGGUGUUUAACGCGGUCUUCUAAACAACUUGGAUGUUUGACAUCAGACUUUUACAUAUUUUAAUUAACAUUGAGCUGCUCUGCAUUUACUUACACAACUGCUUUGUUUUCUUUUUCGGUCUAUUUAACGAUGUUAGAUGAAGUCUUCAACAUUCCUGUUUGGAUGAGUCUGUGAUAAGCUGAUAAUGUGGACAAUUAGCUGUAAAAUGUUUGGAAACUCCCAGUUUUGUUUGUCCUCGUUUGCAAAGAGUUCCUGAAACUUCUGAUAAGAACUCACUUAAAGCUGCUGUCCUGGAUUUUGUUCUUGUACCUCUAAAUCCAAGAAGCACUUCACCCUUAAAAACGGAGGUCAUUCUGGGAGGUCUAGGUGCUCGUUUCAUUUUCUGCACUCUAGUCAUCUUGAAUGGGUAUGAUAAUUAAAAAUGGGACAGGAAGUACUCAGUAAUAGCACAUCUGGCUUUUACAGUCGCCCUACAGCUGCCAUUCUUCAUUUUCUUUACACGACUGGAGAAAACGUCAUUUCAAGAGUCCGUGCCUUUGGUUGUGUGUUUUCGAUGUUUCUCUGACGUGUGUGUGUGUGUGUGUGUGUGUGUGUGUGUGUAUAUAUCGCUGAUACUCUUCCAACCUCCAGCUGCACGCUGUGUUAAUGCUGAGAAGAUUGUGCAGUCUCUGCUUUCUGUUGUGUAAACUUUGGUGCAACGUCUGCAGACUGUUUCUUUAACAUGAAGAGGAAUAUAUAUAUAUAUAUAUAUAUAUAUAUAUAUAUAUAUAUAUAUAUAUAUAUAUAUAAAUUUUCAUAAGUUACAAACCUUGCAUGCUUUUUCUUUUGACCAACUCCAAGCUUGUCCAGGGUUGAUUUUCACUUUUUUGUCUUUUGAAAACUUCCAACUGUAUUAUCAGAUCUCGACUGUUGCUUGUUGCAGCUCCAUGUGCAGCACAUAUUUUUUGAAAAUAAAACCUGUAACUUACUUUCUGUAAAAACACUACUCUUGCUUAGAUAAAAAGCAUAAAUGUC